UUUAAUUUGUUUAAUUUAUCAGUCUGCCCAAUCAUGGCCUUGUUUAGGAUGUCAGUGUUGGGCAGCCUGAAUGUAUUUCUUUGUGUUUUGUCUCAGCAGUAAUCCCGCUGAAUCAAACAAACCACGGACAGUCUCCCUUUCCCCAUACGCAGACUCUAGCGGGGCGUGCCACGGUCACUGCCGGGCGGAGUCGGGGGCUGCCGGCGAAAUCUUCCACACAAAGGAGAGGAAACAAAACAAAGCCAGGAAGCCUGACAUUAACCCGGAUUUCACUGCUUCUACUGUAGCUCGCUCACGCCCAGAAAACAGUGAUGCAUUGAUUUGGUUUUGCCUUUGAAAAGCCGGAUAACAAGACCUGGGACAGAGGAAAAUAGCACCUUUGGGUGAUGGUAAGACAGCAUAACGCAUUAGACUGUGUGCGCAUUUGGAAGUGAUCCAUGUCCUGCUUUCCUGAGAGAUCAGUGCAGAAACUGUGGCGUUGCGUCUCCUGUUGAGUCCGCUGCGCAGCGUCGUGAUGAAUGGGAGUCAGUGCAGCGCGGCGGACCGUCCAGUGGGCGGUGUCUCCUCUGUGGAGGGGCUGCCGUCGCUGCCCAAAGGCCUGAGCGGCAUCUUGAACUCCAGCGGUGGGUCGUGGCGGGACAUCGAGAAGGUGCACAGCAAGAGAGCGCGCAUCCAGGCCGACAUCAGCCGGGGCGGCGGGGACGCGCCGCGCGGUCACAGCAAACCGGGGGGACUGGACGCUGCUCUGGCUCUGCUGCGGAAAGAGAUGGUCGGUCUGCGUCAGCUCGACAUGUCUCUGCUGUGCCAGCUGUGGUCUCUGCAUGAAGCCAUCCAGGAGUACAAGGGUUCCUCGCUAAUGUCUGAGGCGUUCAGUGCUGAUAAUGAAUACUUUGAGGAGGACGAGGAUGAGGAAGUGACGGCAGUUCUCUCACAGCCUUCGUCUUCUUCGUCCUUGUCUCUGCCUCCACCCAGCAGCAACUCCAGGGACCAGUGGAUCAAAGACUCCUUUCAUAUUCCCUGACGAAGAUACAGACACAAGCUCCAUGCACCAUGGUUCAUGUCUCUUACUGUAUCUUCCGGCCCCAUUUACACUAGUUUUUGUGCCAUACAUCUCUUGUCCAGAGAAUAUGUCCAGUUUAUAGUCUUAUCCGCAUUCUAUUUUUACACUUUGCACAAUCAGUGCCUGUUUGAUAGAAAUCUGCUUGCAUCUAUCUGACGCUUUUCAACCAAUAAUGACUUUAUUUCUACUGUGUUUGGAUUCACCUUACUUUUUUUUUUUUUGCUCCACUUGUUUGCUCCACACACACUACAUGUCAGGAUUGGUGGGUAAUGGAAAGUUUCAGGAUUUUUGUCUAUGUCUUUUUAUCUAAACAGGGUCCAAAACCGAGCAUCUGACAAGGCAAGAUUAUUUUGGGCAGAUAAAUGAGGGAAGGUUAUGCACAACACAGGGGGUAAAUAAAAA